ACUUUUCCGACUUCAUCACUCGAAACAACAACACUUGUAACUUCAGCCUUGCAGUCGCGUGAUAGCAAUUUGAAACCUGUCAUCUUUUUACCCUUGAACGCAAUGGCCGAGACUUAUACUACCGCCGAGGUGGGCAAGCACAAGGAUGAGGCCAACGGCUUCUGGCUCAUUGUCGAGAAUGACGUUUACGACGUGUCGAAGUUCCUGGAGGAGCACCCUGGCGGCGCAAAGAUCCUCAAGCGCUGGUCCGGCAAGAACGCCACCAAGGCCUUCUGGAAGUACCACAACGAGGGCGUCCUGAAGAAGUACGGCAAGGACCUCAAGAUUGGUGCAGUCGGAGAGAGCGCCAAGUUGUAA